AGGUUGCUCUUUAGUUUAUGAUUUGAUUGGGUGUUAAGGUGUUUGUUGAGUGUUGAUUUUAAGAACGGAGCCAGCGGAAUGCUGUUUAUUUGUAAUUAAUUUCCAAAUUGUGAGGAAUUCAAACAUCUAAUACAAAAGGAGCUGGCCACUGUCCCCCUAGUUAUGUAAUGGUCCUUGGAGUGCGCGUUAGCACGUGCAUACGACAGUGCACGCGGCAGUCCACGUAGAAGGUUGAACGCGCAACGCGCACGCGGUAGAAGUCCGAAAGCCAGUUUCCUAGCAACACGCUGUUGACGCCACUGCUGACCCAAUGAAUACAAAAACACAUGAUGGCGCCAAUGCGCGGCGAACGCGGCGGUUCACCGGCGAGGGGUGCUCGAGCGUCCCUGCCCCUGCCGCGGCGUCUGAUCAGACAGAUAGCGAGACAUGUGGCGUCCAGCGGGAGGUCGCUUAGACGGCUGGAGGUCUCCGGCAGGGUUAUUGACAACUUUGAUGACAUCGAUGAUGGAUCCGAUGAAUCCGACAUGGAGACACAGACGGCCGUUGCCUGCGCCGGUAACUCUGGUAAUUUACCACCAGCUGAUCAUGAUGACGAUCUCACCAGUCUCAGUUGGUUGCAGGACAAGAAUUUACUGAGCGGUAUAAAUCUAACUAAAAGUGACAUAGAGGACAGCAAACUGAUCAGCAGUCAGGUGGUUGUGAAAACAGAGCCAUCUAUAACUCCGCCGCCGUCGUCGCGAGUCCCCUCCCCUCCCCGCACCCCCUGUAAAGCUCCCCCCUCCCCUCCCGCCGUGAACACCCACACCAAGCCUCCCUACUCCUUCUCCUGCCUCAUCUUCAUGGCGAUAGAAGCCGCCCCAGCCAGGGCUCUCCCAGUUAAGGAGAUAUACGCCUGGAUAGUCAGACACUUCCCAUACUUCAAGCACGCACCACAGGGCUGGAAGAACAGCGUCAGACAUAAUCUAUCAUUGAACAAAUGCUUCCAUAAGGUGGCAGCGGCUCCUGGGUUAGGGAAAGGUUCGCUUUGGACUGUCGACCCUCAGCACCGAUCGUCUCUUCUUCAGGCCUUCGGUCGCCAGCCUGUGCCUCCGGUGGAGGUGGAGGAGCAAGAGACGUCGACCAGUGUAAAGAACACUCCAGACCCCCAACUGUUCCCGUACUUGGCCCGCAGAUUGGCCGACGCCCGUUCCCCUCCCGGCGCCGACGAGUACCUCGCCGCGGCCACUGUACUAGCCAUGAAGUAUGGACCCGCUGUACUAGACCAGCUCCCUCCGGAGGCUCACCUGGUUAUAUCUCGGUGUGCUCGUGACGAACACUCGUAUAGUGGCGGCGAGGAGCGGCGUACGGCCGAGGCCCUCCUCAACCUGGCCGGGGUCAGACCUCACGCCCCCAGCUAGCGACCACACAAGUAAUGUAACGUUUGAUUCCAGAUACCUCCGAGCUGGUGAUGUCCCAGGCUGCGCUUGGGAUCGCGGACGCUAACAUCUAAUGUAAGUCUUCCAGAGAACGCCGCGCUUACCACUACUGUCUGACUGUUCGUAUUCAUUUGCAACAAUGUUAAUGUAUUAACAGAUUAUUUAUAUACUAUUUUAAUAUAUAUUAUCAAAUUUCGAACCGCCAUCGAACGGACCCAACGUCUCGAAGCUCCCGUACUCUAUCUCCUCGUAUAGCUGAUGCACUAUCUGCUCGCUCCCGUGUUCUGCUCAAAGGUUUUAUUUAAAGCGAUUAUAAUAAGUUAUUUAAUGUAUUCGAUAGUCCAAUUCAGUUUCCGUCGGGGCAUAGCUCCGCGAACUUAUCGUUGACAUAUGAGUUCUAAGAACGAAAAGUUUGAAUUUUAAUAUGAAUUCUCUUAGUUUGUCGAGUGUCGCGUAUAGACAAAAGUUUACCAUUAUCUAGUCCAAUAAAGACAUAUAAAAAUCCAGUGUAAAAAAUGUUAAUACGUGAUGCUGGUUAUUUAGGCUGAAGUAUCGACUUUACAUCACAUAUAACCAAUAACCAUAUAAUGUUCUAAACUUUGAAACGUAUAUUUCUGAAGCCCUUUUUUUCAAUAUAAAAAAAAAACUGCUAACGCAUUAUUUAAUUAUAGAUAUUUCAACAAUUUACGUAGUAAUAGUUUAUAGAUGUGAUAAUACAUAUUCAUUGAAUAAGGAAUUUGAUUAGAUCCCGCAUUUAGAUCGGCCGUUUCAUAUAUUCAGUAGUCUCGUAAUAUAUAAAUACCUAUUGUAUUAAGCGAAUCGUUACAUCCGUCUGUCAUGGAUGCCGUACAUUGCCAGUUAGUGUCGCCACAGCAAGUAACGACGGAUAUAACUAUAUAGGUUAAGUUAAAAUUAAUUUAUUUCUCUUAGAAAUUUUCAAUAUUUAGUAUCAUGUAAUCGAAAUUGUUCAUUUUUAAUUCGAUCUGACCUCAACUUACAUGUAUACAGGGCUGGCAUGAAAUAUUAAAAAAAAUAUAUAUAUAUAUGUCAUGUGAUCUUCAACACUGGAAAUGUCAAAAGUGACAUUGACAUUGACAUUGUAUUUUGGUGUGGUUGAGAUAUAUUUAGUACAAAGUGCUGUUUAUGUCAUAAAUACAUUAUAAAAAAUAAAUAGCAGAUGUGUUAUUUGCAUGAUAUGUACUCAUAAGAAUAAACAUAUUUAGUUGUAAGCUGUAUUUUGUGUUCAUUACCAUGUGAUCUAUUAUAAAUAUUGCUUAGGAUAUUUUCAUGUCUUGCAUGUUGUGAAAUGUAACAAAUCAGUUGACACACACACACAUAUACGGACAUCAGUCUAAAUUUAAAUUAAUCAAUGUUUACACAGCAAAAAAAAAGCUAUUUAAAUCAAUUUAAUUUAUAUCACAAACUAUAAAAAAUUAUUUUCUUUAUUGCAUAGCAUUGCCAUAAAUUAUUUCUGUAAUAUUUAUUGUAUCCGACGAUGUUAAUUUUAAUUAAAACUGUAAUUUAUUUAACGCUAGUGAAUAUUAGAGGGAAUUUUUUUUUUUAUUAAUAUGAAAUGUAUUGCUUGUUCCCAAAGAGGUCUCCGUGUGAUGUUCGACAUAAUUGUUUAGAACCAUAACUAGACUGAUCCAUGACUGAUUUGUAAAGCAAUAUUAUUUAUUAGUGAAUAUAUAUACAUGCAUAUAUAUUUUUAGUUCAAUAAACGAUGCAAUUUAAAAUUGACCACAUACAAAAUAAUCCGCUUACCGUUCAUUGAAUGGCAUGAAACUAUAUCAUUCUUAUACACCAUGUAUAUUAAAUGUGCCAAAUUAUAUAUGUAUAAUGUAUUAUAUGAGAAAAUCCAAAUGAGUAGGUACAAGAUAUAUUAAUAUAUGUUUAUCUAAAAUAUAUAACAUACUUAGACUAGGUCAUAAGUGAUAUUAUAGUAACUUAAUGCUAAAUUAAAUACAUACAUUUUUGCUGUAUUUAGAAGCGUCUUCCAUCUUACUCAUUGAUUCUAUUAGAUAAUGUACGGUCGCGGAAAAAAAUGCAUUCGGACGGACCGUAGGGUGACUGUGUUAGCGGGGUUUCCUUUAAAAAAAAUAUUAUAACUUCAUAUCUCACUAAGUGUACUUUGUUACGGGUUUUUUUUUUUUCUAUUAAUAUUAUUGAGGCAAUGUGCUUUUUUGCGCGACUGUAGCAAUCACUAGCCUUUCCUUUGGUGGUAUAAAUAAAUGUAGAUGAAUUAAAAUUAAUUACAGCAAUAAUUAGUGUCUAAAGUAGUUUGGACUCCGCUGGUAGAUGCUACGUGUACAUUGUGUGAUACAUUAAGUGCUAUACAUUUGAUUGAAACGCCAAGUAACGUUAUUCUGUCGCGGUUCCGUAUACAUGGCUUACUAUAUAUAAGAUAUAAUUUUAUAAUACGAUCAAGAGAAUAAUUCACCUCUAACUUAAUGAUUGGAUAUUUUUAAUUUUAUUUAACAUUAUUAUUAUUAUUAUUCUUUUUUUUUUUUAAUUAUUAUUUGGGAAAAGUUAUAUCGUUAUGAUAUUAAAAUUGUUGCGGCUCAGACACUAUCGGAAGUAAUUUAUGAAUUAAUUUAUUUUUAAUUAGUUUUAAUGAUUGAGAAAGAAAAAAAAAAUUAAAAUGUUGUUAUUGAUUUUUAUUUUGUAAUUUAUAAUACGGAAUGUUGAACGGUUCCCUCGAACGAGAUCCGCUCUGUUCGCGGGAGCCGUUUGGUGGUGUGGCGUUGCCUUGUAAGUGCUGCGAGCGUUCAUUAAAUGAAUUUCGCCUCUGCUGCGUUGGCUUGCGGCUCAUGUUACACUGGCGACGUCAUGACCUGCUUGAUCAGGCAUACCUUGGUAUUUCCGAACUAUAAUUAUGAAAAUUAUUGUUGUUGUUGAUAUUUUUAUCUGGCUUGUGAACUACUACACUUAAUGCUAUUGUUGAGAGUUAUUGCCAAAUUUUUAUUUGUCUUAAAACUAUGUCUGUGUACAUAUCCAUUGAAUAAAUUAUGUACUGAAGAUCA